AUGGGAUCACAAAUUAGCGGGCUUUUAGAAGAUGAAAAUAGCUUUGGCAAAAAUGAGGGUAAGUUUUUUUCAAUGUUCCAGAUUUUGUGAAAAGCUGAGAUGACCUUCGCAAAAAAUUGACAUGAUAAUUAUUAUAAUUGGUUAAUUAAUGUUCCGUUUUUUUUUUCAGAAACCAUUGAAUAUGGAUUGAAUAAUAUUUCCUCGGAUUCAUCUGCUGAUUCUUCUUCCGAUGAUGGAAUUGGAUAUUUAUCUGAAAAAGGUCUGAUAUUUUAAAAAGAAAAAUAUUCCAAUUCUAAACAUUUGUAGAUAUGAUUUCGGCGGCCAAUGAUCCAUUUCGCGUUGAAAAACGAAUGAUUGCUGGUUCGGAUACUUAUACUUAUGAUAUUUUUGCGAAUGAUAGCAAAAUUAAUCCCUUUUUCUCCAUGUUUUUUUCACAAUAA